UGAGCCGGCCGGCCGGAUCACAGGCUGCCGAACCACACAGCAUAUAGCUCUAGCAGCUAGCCAGCAGCAAAGUUUGUUCGCGUUCCUAGCUAGGCAGCCAAGUGAUGGAUCAGAACAAGGCGAUACGAUCUCACUUGUCGCCGUGCCGUGGGCUGGAGGCACGCCGGCGGUGGUACCGAGCGGCCGCGCGGCCGACGGUGCUGGUAGUCACCGCGAGCGUGGCGGCGGCGCUGCUAAUGGCCGCCGUCCUCUUCGGCGUCCGGCUGACGCCUUCGGGCGGCAACAGUACCUGGGUCUCGGCCGGGGUGCGCGACGUCCUGAAAGCCGUGUCCAACCAGAGCGGCCAGGGCACCGCCGGUCCGUUGGCGACGGUGCCGGAUCCCGGCGACCGGCUUCUGGGAGGACUCCUCGCGGCGGAAUUCGAUGAAAACUCCUGCGUCAGCCGCUACCGCGCCGCGCUCUACCGCCGGCCGUCGGUGCACGCCAUCUCCUCCCACCUUGUCUCCGCGCUCCGCCGCUACGAGUCGCGGCACCGCCGCUGCGGCCCCGGCACCCCUGCCUACGCGCGCGCCGUCGAGCGCCUGCGCGCGGCGCCGAACGCAUCGGCCGCUCCGUCGUCCUCGGCGGCCGGGUGCAGCUACCUCGUGUGGAACCCGAUCGAGGGCCUCGGCAACCGCAUCCUCACCAUCACCUCCGGCUUCCUCUACGCUCUCCUCACCGACCGCGUGCUCCUCCUCCACAGCAGCGGCGGGGCCCUCGACGACCUCUUCUGCGAGCCGUUCCCGGGCUCCACGUGGAUCCUGGAAGAAGAUGAAAAAUUCCCCAUCCUCGGCAUGGGGCACCUCACCGCAGGACACCACGAGAGCCUCCGCUCCGUGCUGAGGCGCGGCGAGGACCCCAGCGCGGCGCCAUGGCUGUACGUCCACCUGCGGCACGACUACAGCAAGGUCCACCAGGACCAGCAGUUCUUCUGCGACGACGUGCAGGCCCAGCUGCGGCGCGUGCCGUGGCUCGUGUUCCAGUCGGACAACUACUUCGUGCCGGGGCUGUUCCUGAUCCCAGGGCUCGAGCGGGAGCUCGUGCGCAUGUUCCCGCGCCGCGACCUCGUGUUCCACCACCUCGGCCGCUACCUCUUCCACCCGAGCAACACGGUGUGGGGCAUGGUGACGCGGUACCACGACGAGUACUUCGCCAAGGCGGACGAGCGCGUGGGCAUCCAGGUGCGCAAGUUCCGCUGGGCGCCCAUCUCGACCGACGAGCUCUACGGCCAGAUCCUCAACUGCUCGCAGCGCGAGGGCAUCCUGCCCGUCCACGGCGCCGCCGCCACCGGGGGCUUCAACGACGGCCAGCCGGCGAAACAGAAGGCCGUGCUCGUCGUGUCCCUGCACGACGAGUACUCCGAGAAGCUCAGGGACCUGUACCCCAAGAACGGCUCGGCGGGCAGGGAGGCGGUGAGCGUGUACCAGCCGACGCACCUGGGAGCGCAGCGAUCCGGCGAGCAGCAGCACAACCAGAAGGCGCUCGCGGAGAUGGUGCUGCUCAGCUUCUCGGACGCGGUGGUCACCACCGCCGUCUCGACGUUCGGAUACGUCGGCCAGGGGCUGGCGGGGCUGAGACCGUGGGUGCUCAUGACCCCCGUCGACGGGAAGGCGCCCGACACGCCGUGCCGGCACGCCGCUACCAUGGAGCCGUGCUUCCACGCGCCGCCGACCUAUGACUGUCGCGCGAGGGCCAACGGUGACGUCGGCAGGAUUGUGCGGCACAUCAGACACUGCGAGGACUUCCCGCAGGGUGUGCAGUUGGUGGAGUGACGAACUAUUAUAUUUAUGAUGUAACAAGCAAAUAUAUCCGUAUUAUCACAUGAUAACGUUGACGCGAUGAUUUUAUAAAAGUGUGGUAUAUUAUACACUAUAUUUAUCCAAUUGUAACUAGUUGUAUUAUACAUUACGAGUUUAAAUAAAUUUAUACUUUAUUCA